AUGACGUGUGACGUUCGCGGACCGACGGACAAACGGGACGCGAAGUGACGAGUGCUGCAGCCUUUGCGUCAAAGCCCAGCUAGAGCUCAGCCGUGGAGGGGCAGGUCAGCGAGAAAACACGGGCAACAGCCACGUUACCCCUCUGGAGCCAACACAGCCGUCUAAUACCACCUCAACAACACAUUUUUAUUUAAAUAUAAGGCGGAAUAGUGUGUUUAAUUCAGCCAAAGGGGCCUCAUAGCCGAUAUAUGAGGCCCGGUUGAAAAGAUGGACCUGAAUUUCUACUCGGAUCUAACAGAUGGUACCGGGCAGCACGACGGGGACCCGGAGUUCUUGGACCCGCAGUCUUUCAAUGGAUUUGACACUGACAGCAAGUUCCCUGGAGGCAGUGACAACUACCUGACAAUCUCUGGGUCCAGCCAUCCCUUCCUCUCCUCAGAGACGUUCCACACUCCCAGCCUCGGCGAUGAGGAGUUCGAGAUCCCUCCCAUCUCGUUGGAUCCAGACUCGGCCCUCACCGUGUCGGAUGUGGUGUCCCAUUUCGGGGAGCUGUCGGACUCGGGCCCCUCCGACAGCGUGGUGGUGCCCGGGAACGCCGUUGUCGAGGGCGACGACCCCUCGUUCGCCUCCACCUUCGUCAACGCCCCCUCGCAGGGACUGGAGCACCUGAGUCUGGGAGUCAUCAACCAGUCAGGAGGCAGCGCUUUGCUGGGGUCGUCACUGGGAAUGGAUCUCGGUCAUCCCAUCGGCUCUCAGUUCAGGAGCUCGUCCCCGGUGACCAUCGACGUCCCGCUGGGCGACAUGGGCCAGGGCCUGCUGGGGUCCAACCAGCUGACCACCAUCGACCAGUCGGAGCUCAGCGCUCAGCUGGGGCUCGUUGGGGGCGGGAACAUGUUGCAACGCCCCCAGUCGCCCGAUAACCCUCUGUCGGCCACGGCGUCGCCCACCAGCUCGCUGCAGGAUGACGACAUGGAUGACUUCAGAAGGAGCGUCCUGGUGGAGUCUCCCGUCUCUCUGGCUGUCUCUCCCGGAGUCAUCUCCCUCGACCCCUCCCUCUCUGAGUCCCCGCUCUCCGCCCCCGCCUCCAGCAUCUCUCCGGCCGUCGGGCGGAAAACCGGCGCGAGAGGAACGAAGAGAGGGAAGGCGCCGAAGAAAGACCCCAACGAGCCUCAGAAGCCCGUGUCGGCCUACGCUCUGUUCUUCAGGGACACACAGGCGGCGAUAAAGGGACAAAACCCCAACGCCACGUUUGGAGAAGUGUCCAAGAUAGUGGCGUCCAUGUGGGACAGCCUGGGGGAGGAGCAGAAGCAGGUUUACAAGAGGAAAAACGAAGCGGCUAAGAAGGAGUACUUGAAGGCGCUGGCGGAGUACAGAGCCGGCCAGAACUCUCAGGCCCCCAUUGAAGUCAUGGACACCUCCCCAUCGCCUCCAUCACCCCCGCCUUCAGCCCCGGGUCCCGGCGUCAUGGCCACACACGCCUCCACCCUCGCCUCCCGCGCCACCAGGUCGCAGCACUACAACCCCGAGGAGAACACCAUCACCAACAUCUGCACCUCCAACAUCAUCCUGGACCUGCCGCAGGUCACCACGCGCUCCCGCACCGGCGCCACCAAGCCCCAGCCUCCGCCCGCUCCCGCCCCGCCCAACCCGCCCACCGUCGCCAAGAUCAUCAUCAAGCAGAUGCAGCUGCCCUCCGGCGCCGUGUCGGUCACGGCGACGGCCGCCUCCUCGCCGCGCCAGCCGCCGCCGCUGCAGCAGAUGCAGAGCACCUCUCUACCGCCUCGGCUGCAGCAGAUGGUGCACGCCCAGGCCCCGCCGCCUCUGCAGGCCAAACCGCGAGGAGGAGGCGCGGUCGCCGCCACAGCUCCGCCUCCGCUGCAGAUCAAGGUCGUCCCGUCGGCGCGGCAGGCGGAUGCUAGCACGCCGAUCAUUGUGACGUCAGCCGGUGAAGCACCCACGUCCGUGUCCCCCUCGGGUAUGAUGAUGGAGGUGGGGCCGUCGGCUGAUGUGUUGACGGGAGGAGAGGAAGUGGCGGAGGCAGAGGAAGGGAUGGAGGUGGAGGUGAACGUUGCCCCCGUCCCGAGUGUGACUCCCGCCGCCAGCCGUAACAUCUGUGUACGCGCCGGCUGCACAAAGCCGGCUGUGGAGAACCCAGACUGGGACAAGGAGUACUGUAGCAACGAGUGUGUAGCCACACACUGCAGAGAUGUGUUCAUGGCCUGGUGCGCCAUCCGAGGUCAGAACUCCACCACGGUCACAUAGGGAAAAGGACAAAGAGCGACAUGUGACAUGAAUAGAGGAGUGAGUGAAUGAGCAGGCUCAGGUAUCGGCACAUAGCGGUCUGUUUGACGAAGACGAGGCAGGCGAAGGAAAGUAUUUGAAAAUCACUAAAAAAAAACAUCGACACUUUCGCUCUGCGCAAACGACUCUCCGGCAGAAAAAGAAACAAACUCUGAAUUAUUUGGAAAAUACUACAAUGGGAAUGACGACUCACAGAAAGGACAGAUGGAUGAAUAAUGAUACUGAAGAAAAAGGAAGAAGAAGAAACUUCUAAGUGAUCUAUUGUGAAUCUGAAAUAUGGGCUUGAUUUAAAAAAAAAAAAGGAACAUUUUGUAUGGACUUACGGUUUUUAAUUGUUUUGUGCAGGAAGGAAAUCAUGAAUCUUUGAGUUCAUUGUAUUCAUUUCAAAAAUCCCUCUUCAUAUGUGUACGCUCUUCCCUUUACUGUCACAUUGAGGAUUGAUUAAUCUGAAUGAAAUCUAUGAAGCUAUUAAUUGUUUUUCAGUAAUGUGCCGGUGUUUUGGCGUUUAAAGGGGGUCAGAGGCUACUUUAAAGAUUUAACGUACAAAUGAGCGACUACUAAGCAAAGCACACACUAUCUUAAAGGUUUGGAUAUGUAUCAAAAAAAAGGUAAAAUGUUUGUGAGAAGCCAUCUUGGUACGACGGGGGAAACUAAUCUGCCACAAGCUGAAUGCAGUUUGUCACCUUUCUAAGCCGCUUUUUGAGGGAGAAUAAACUACCAUCAUGUAAGCGAUUUUAAUUCACACUUUGAAAACAGGUGCUAAGAUUCAGGAAAAAAAGCUAACUACUGGGGUCUUUUCUCCGUCUCCUGCUGAAAUAUGUGGUGCAUAUUUUCUCUCAUGAGAUGUGGUUCAAUUUGGUGAAAGUAUUGGAAUGAAAUAAACACACCAGCUCUGACAACACUACUGUAAGGGGGAAGGGAAUACAAUAUGAAAAGCUUUACUUUUUUUUAACACCACAGUGUUUAAUUUAAGAACGUUUUCUUUCAGGUCUGUUGCCUAAUAAAGGAAGGGAAUGGUUGCUUCCAAUAAAUAUAUGUUUUCAGUCAGAUUAAAUAAUGCAGGGAACUGGUCUGGUUUAAUUGUAGAUAUCCUGGAAAUGUUUUUA